CUGAGGGAAUGGAUGGAUCUUCUCCUGAGGAAGAUGUGCCACUCUCUUUCCCCAAAUAUGACUUUAUUAUUCCAAAGAAAGAAAUCCACAUUGUUACAGACAUGGGGAAAUGGAAACGCUCCCAGGCUUAUGGUAAUUACAUGGGCUUUAUCCUGACAUUAAAUGAAAGUGUAAAGGGAAAAAAAAUGACAAGUGACUACAACGUUUCAAAGCCAAUUGAACAGCUAGUAGCACUUUUGAAUACUUUGGACAAGUGGAUUGAUGAAACUCCUCCAGUAGACCAGCCUUCCAGGUUUGGCAACAAAGCAUUCCGGACAUGGUAUGCUAAACUUGAGCAGGAAGCUGAGAACCUGGUUACUACGGUUGUCCCUGAAGUGCAAAAGGAAGCAGUUCCUGAAGUUGCUGUUUAUCUAAAAGAAGCAGUUGGAAAUUCCACUCGAAUAGACUAUGGAACCGGUCAUGAAGCAGCCUUCGCAGCAUUCUUGUGUUGCCUUUGUAAAAUUGGAGUAUUGAAGAUUAGUGACCAACUUGCAAUAGUAUUUAAGGUAUUUGAAAGUUCACUAGAAUCUGAAGAAAUCAGUCUGGAAACUACAGUACCGACUGAUGACCUGUCUUCAUCUGAAGAAAGAAAUGGUAACACCAAAAUCACUCGGCAGUUGAUUGAGAGGAAGGAACUGCUCCAUAACCUUCAGUUGCUAAUAAUUGAGCUCUCUCAGAAAAACCUUAUGAUUGACAAUUUAAAAGUUGAAUACUUGACAAAAAUUGAGGAGCUGGAAGAAAAGCUGAAUGAUGCCCUUCAUCAGAAGCAGCUGUUAUCCUUACGUUUGGACAACCAGUUGAAGUUACAGCAGGAUGAAUCCAGGAAGCAUCAGCUUCGUAUGAAGCAAGAAAUGGAUGCAAUUUUAACAAGACAGAAGCAGAUGGAAGACACAAAUCGACAACUAAGAGAAAGAACAGGAAAUAUUUAUCGUAGCCUACGUGAUUUAGAACUUGGUGAAGAACAGUACAUUGAACUGAAAGAUAUACCAGAUGAUCAGUUAUCUAUUCCUGAAUAUGUGUCUAUCCGAUUUUAUGAAGUAGUGCAGCCAUUGAGGAAAGAAUUAAAUGAACUUAAAGUAAAAAACAGCAGCCAGUUGGAGGAUUUAAGCAGUUGUAAAGAUCAGCUGAAGGCUGUAAUGGAGAGCUAUGAAGACGAAAGAAGAAUGAGAUCAGAACUUGAAAUCAGAUGCCUGCGUCUAACAUUAGAACUAGCUGAUACAAAGCAACUAAUUCAGCAGGGUGACUACAAAAAGGAAAAUUAUGAUAAAAUAAAAAGGGAAAGAGAUGCCUUUGAACGUGAACUGUUAGACCUCAAAAGAACAUCUGAAAUACUUGAAGUUACAAAUAAAGCAGUAUCAAAAGAAAGAAACGAUUUACUUAAAGAGGUGUCCACUUUACAGCAGUCUGUUACUUUGAUGCAGAAAGAUAAAGAUUAUCUAAAUCGACAAAACAUGGAGUUAAAUGUCCGUUGUGCGCAUGAAGAAGAUCGUAUUGAAAGAUUGCACAUGCAAUUAGAGGAUGCUAAAAAAGCCAGAGAGGAAGUAUAUGAGAAAUAUGUGGCAUCUAGAGAUCAUUACAAGACAGAAUACGAAAAUAAAUUGCGUGAUGAACUUGAACAAAUUAGACUGAAAACAAAUCAGGAAAUUGAACACCUUCGCAGUGCUUCUAAAGAAAUGUUUGAAUGAGAAAACAGAAAUUUAAGGGAAGCAAGAGAUAAUGCAGUGGCAGAAAAAGAAAGAGCCGUUCAGGCUGAAAAGGAUGCAUUGACAAAAUAUGAUCAACUU